AUGGCAAGGCGAGUGGAGGUGAAUUGCAGGUGCUGUCAGCUGUCAUGUGCCCACCAGCCUUUGAUCGACCACUACCACGACUACAACAAGAAGAACAAGAAGAACAAGAACAACAAGAACAAGAACAAGAAGAACAAGAACAACAACACGCAAGCCUUUGAGGCUGUUCAUCUACCUAGCCAGUACCCCGCCCAAGAGAUGCCAAUGCGAGAGAAGGCUGUGAAGAUGCACGCCAACAGUCGCCUGCUCAUGUCAGCGUCGAGGUUGCGUCAUCGUCAGUCGGAAGACGGAAGCGAGAAGCGAGAAGCGAAGGCGAAGGCGAAAGCGGGAAAGGAGAACGAGCCAGCAACUUGCUCGUCACGACCAGAACCCACCAUUGACAUUGACAUUGACAUUGACAUUGACAUUGACAUUGACAUUCACCCACUCCACUCCUCCACCCUACAAGUCGAUCAAAGCCAUCGCACUUCAUCUCGAGAGAAAUGGCAGACACAUCAUUGCCACCAGGCAACAUGCCAGAGACCAUCGAACCUCCACCAGCAACCACUGUGUAACGCCUCGAUAGCCACGCCCAUCAACCUCAUCCUCCUCUCCCUCUUCGUCCUCCUCGUCUACCUGCGCCUCAAGCCCGCAAAGCCGCAAACCCUACCCCGCGCCACCCCGCCCACCGUCUUCCGCACCUUCACGCCCCCCAUACUCUUCCCCUACAACGGCCUCCACGGCAUGCCCGUCUACCUCGCCGUCCGUGGCCGUGUCUUCGACGUCACCUCUGGCCGCAACUUCUAUGGUCCGGGCGGUCCGUACGCCAACUUUGCAGGUCGCGAUGCCAGUCGCGGGCUGGCCUGUGGCAGCUUCGAUGAGGACAUGCUGACCAAGGAUCUCGAUGGACCGUUGGAUACCUUGGAGGAUCUGGAUGCCGAGCAGAUGGAGGCCCUGAGAGGUUGGGAGGAGAGGUUCGAGGACAAGUAUCUGGUCGUCGGCAAAUUGGUUCCUGUGGGCAGUCCAGAGGCAGACGAGGUCAAGGCUUAG